AUGGCUCCCGAGAUGCAGGACCUCGAAACGUCGCCUCUCUUGUCCCCUAGCCCUGAACAGAGCUCUGUGGACGACUCCGAGAACCUGGCUGCCAGUAUUGCAAAGGACAAGAGAAAUAUCGACAACGAUGUGCUGCCAGAGGACUCGACGGUGGGGAGGAACAUCGGGUGGGGAAGCGCCUACAUCCUGGUCAUCUCUCGAGUCAUCGGAUCAGGCAUUUUCGCAAUGCCCGGCACAAUCGUCCAGAACGUCGGCAGCCCGGGCCUGGCGCUGGUCCUGUGGGUUGUAGGAGCUCUCGUUGCAUGGGCAGGAUUGGCUAUCGACAUGGAAUACGGGUGCAUGCUUCCUCGUUCGGGCGGAGUAAAAGUGUAUCUGGAGUAUACCUUUCGCAAACCACGGUUCCUCACCUCAACACUGGUGGCUGUCCAGGCCGUUCUGCUUGGAUUCACGGCGAGCAAUUGCAUCGUCUUUGCAAAAUACACUCUUUUCGCCGCCGGCGUUACUCCCAAUGAUCUGAAUACCAAACUACUGGCGGUCGGAUUGUUGACUUGGAUCACGAUCGUCCACAGCUGUUUUUACAAGACAGGCAUCUGGAUCCAGAAUGUCCUGGGCUGGGUCAAGGUCGGGUUGAUUGUGUUCAUGAUUUUGACGGGAUUGUUUGUGGUUCUGGUGCACCCUCAUACUUCAUCGAGCAGCCUUCCCGACCACGUCUCGGUCACGGCGUGGGAUGACCUGUGGACCGGCUCCGACUGGGCUUGGAAUAACUUGUCGACGGCAUUUUUCAAGAUUCUCUACUCUUACGCGGGGCUCAGCAACGUCAACAAUGUCCUCAAUGAAGUGAAGAAUCCCGUCCGGACUCUCAAAUCCGUCGGCCCAGUUGCGUUGCUGACGGCUUGUACCAUGUACGUGCUCGUCAACGUUGCAUACCUGUCGGUGGUGCCACUUGAGGAGGUCAAGCGCAGCCGAGAGCUCAUAGCAGCGCUGUUCUUCGAGCGAGUCUUUGGAGCUGGUUUUGGCAACAAGUUCCUUCCCCUUGCUAUAGCCCUCAGCGCUGUAGGGAAUGUAAUGGUGGUCACCUUCAGCUUGGCGCGAGUCAACCAGGAAGUUGCACGGCAAGGAUUUCUCCCCUUCUCAGAAAUCCUGGCCUCUUCCAAACCAUUCGGUGCACCCCUCGGCGGACUUAUUGUCCAUUAUGUGCCGUCUGUUCUGGUUAUUGUCCUGCCACCCUCAGCAACGGUGUACGCUUUCAUCGCCGAUGUGGAAGGGUACGCGGGUCAAUUUUUCGCUCUGGCUGUCGGUGCUGGCUUGCUCAUUCUCCGCAACAAGGAGCCCGACCUGCGACGACCGUUCAAGGCCUGGAUCCCGGCGGUAUGGUUCAGAAUUAUACUAUCCGUGGCCUUGAUUGGGGCUCCGCUGUUCCCUUCCCGCAAGGGGUCUUCGGACGUCAACUUCUUCUACGCGACAUACGCGUUGGUCGGCAUUGCAAUACUCAUCUUCGGAGUGGCUUAUUGGUUCGUGUGGACCAUUGCUCUCCCUCGUUAUAGAGGCUACAGGCUGGAGGAAGAGGCGGAUGUCCUCGGUGACGGGACAACAAUCACGAAACUCGUCCGCAAGGAAUUAUAA